AUGUUGUACAAGGCGUUGGCGGCCGGCGACGGGGAGGCAGUGUCAAAGCUGGUGACGUCGAACAACAACUUGGAGUGGAGAUACAACGGGCCUCCGCAGUGCCAGUACAUGAUGCGGGCACUCACGGGUCACCACCAGCAGCGCAAGCCGGAGGACCGGAAGUUCAGGUUCAAGACCAGCAGGAUCACGGCCUUCCGGGACCGGGUCAUUGUCGAGGGUUGGGACGGGCUGGAUGCCUACUGCGUGCACGUUUGGACCCUCAAAAUGGACGGUUCCCACCCUGUAAUCGCCGAGUUCCGCGAGUACUUCAACACUUGGCUCGCCGUGAUUGUCCGGUCCUAUGGCAAAGAGGUUAGGGUGUGGCAGAGCGAGCCCCGGCUGCAUCGCAACCGCUCCUUGCCGGACAUCGUCCUCGCAAUUUGA